AUGCAACAGCAGGCUUUUGAGGCAAGCAGAUACCCCUGGCAGGAGUCCUUCCAGAAUGUUGCCGUGUGCCUGCCAUUCCGCUGCCCGAGGUGUGGAGACCAUACCAGAUUUAGAAGUCUGUCCUCGUUGAGGGCCCAUCUGGAAUUCAGUCACAGCUACCAGGAAAGAACCCUUCUGACCAAAUGCAGCCUAUUCCCGUCCCUCAAAGACCCAGACCUAGUCACUGCCUCAGAACCCCUGAAACAGGGAAAACUGCAGGGCACGGGCCACGUGGUGAAGCAGAAACCCAGCUAUGUGAACUUAUACAGCAUUUCGCACGAACACUCCAAGGACAGGAAGCCAUUCGAGGUGGUGGCCGAGCGGCCCGUGUCCUACGUGCAGACCUACACGGCGCUGGACCUGCGUGCAGACUCGCUGGAGGGGCCGCGCUCCAGUCCCGGACUGCCCACCUCGGACACCAAAGCUGCUUUCGAGGCCCACGUCCGAGAAAAAUUCAACCGGAUGGUCGAGGCCGUGGACAGGACCAUCGAGAAGAGAAUCGAUAAACUCACCAAAGAGUUGGCCCAGAAAACGGCCGAACUGUUGGAAGUUCGGGCGGCCUUUGUGCAGCUGACGCAGAAAAAGCAGGAGGUGCAGAGGCGAGAGCGGGCCCUGAACCGCCAGGUGGACGUGGCGGUGGAGAUGAUCGCUGCGCUCAGGCAGCGCCUCAGCGAGUCCGAGGAGGAGCUGCUCCGGAAGGAAGAAGAAGUUGUUACAUUCAACCAUUUCCUGGAAGCAGCCGCUGAGAAGGAGGUCCAAGGGAAAGCCCGGCUCCAGGACUUUAUUGAGAAUCUGUUGCAACGGGUAGAACUGGCAGAAAAGCAGUUAGAGUACUAUCAAAGCCAGCAGGCUGCCGGCCUCUGCCGAGACCUCAGCGAGCACGUGCUUACAGAUAUCAUCUCAAAUAGGAAAUCCAAAUGCCUAAGUAGAGGGCACCCACAUCCUGUGUGUAACCACGCUGAUCUCAAGACCCAUUUUCAUCCAAAAGGAAGGAGCUACUUGAGAAAAGCCAAGGAUGACAGAGCCAGCAUGCAGCCUGCUAAAUCCAUUCACGAACAGGCUGAGUCCCCAAGAGAACUCUGCAGACCAUCGAAGAAAGGGGAGCCUCUGGGGUUUAGCCGGAAAGGCAACAUCAGGCCCAAAAUGGCCAAAAAAAAGCCAACAGCAAUUGUGAACAUCAUCUAAAAGGGUAGUGGCCCUGGACUAUCAUUGCCGGGCUUUGCAGAAUGUUAUUCUGGGGGCCAACAAUAAUGCCCUUUGGGAUACAUCCCAUAGUAAGACACGUUGGAAAAAAGGGCAUAACACAUUUAUUUCGUGGCCAUUCAGGCAGCUGGACUAACCAGAAUUUAACAAACGGGAAUCUCGGGGAACCAGAAAUUUAUUACAGGCCCCCUUUAGAAGCAAGAGGCAGAUUACAGAAAGAAUUGAAAAAAAAAAAAUGACAACAGUCUUAUUCCAAAAUUUUAGUUAAAAGAAGGCUCCAACUUGUGAAAUAAGUAGAACACUCUCCAAUAGUGUCUGCAUCUGGGGUUCUGUGCAGGGGUGAUUCAGCCAAGGCCCAAGGCCACACAAGAUGUCAGGCACUAGGAAGAAAGUCUUCUGUGUCUACUGCUGUCUAAAUUGUGGGC